AUGGAUCAAAUACCAACGGAACGAGUCACUCCAUCUCGACCAUUUCUACACUCUGGUGUGGAUUAUGCUGGACCUUUGCUACUUAAAACUUGGAAGGGACGAGCAGCUCGACCGUAUAAAGCAUACAUCGCUUUAUUCAUUUGUGAAGCCACGGCUGCUAUACACCUGGAGCAGGUAACGGAUUACAGUUCCGAUGCCUUUAUCGCCGCUUAUAAACGAUUCACUGCACGUAGAGGAAUCUGCUCAACUUUGAGAAGCGACUGUGGAACAACUUUGACCGGUGCUGAUAAAGAACUUCGCAAUUUAUUCUCCUCAGCAUCAAAAGAGCUUGCAGCCUUGUCAUCGCUACUCGCAAAGGACGGCACUCAAUGGUCCUUCAAUCCGCCAGCUGCACCUCAUUUUGAAGGACUUUCGGAAGCUGGGGUGAGAUCUGUGAAACAUCAUCUACGGAGAGUUAUCGGUGAUCAUCUUCUCACCUAUGAGGAGAUGAACACCUUUCUGUUACAGACUGAAGCAGUACUAAAUUCGAGACCACUAUCUGCGCUCACUGAAGAUGCAGAGGACUUCAAUGCACUGACACCUGGACAUUUUCUCAUUGGCGGACCGCUAACGACAAUUCCUGAGCCUAAUCUCGAAAAUAUCAUGACAGCAAGGCUAUCACGGUGGCAGCUUCUUCGUCAAAUGUUAGACAGCUUUUGA